AUGGGGGUGUGUGGGAUCCCCUGGCCAAUGGGGGGACAGGAUCCCCUGGCUGCCCUGGCCAAUGGGGGGGUGUGGGAUCCCCCAGGCCCUGCUGGGCAGUCAAUGACCCACGGUGGCCUGCGCUGACCCCUCUAACCCCAUUGUCACCUUCAGGAGAUCGAGAAUCGUGCGUCGGACCCUCAGAAACCCGGCGAUUGGCCCCCAAAUCGUGACAUUUAACCCGGAUUCAAUUGUGUGGUUUUGGCCGGUCUUGCCCCCCGCCCCCCUUUCCCAAACUGCAGACUCCUGCUGGAAACAAUGCAGCCCCUCGAGGUCAGGUCUGUGUUCGAGGCUGCCCAGGACCCCACCUUCCUGCACGGACUCUCCCUCGUCAAUGGCUUUUCAGAGGACGUGCCGUCCACAGACUCGAAUGCCAUAGCGCAAGAGAAGCCAGUGGCGGGCGAUGGGGAGGAGAGAGCCUGUGGGGUCCCAGAGAUAUCGGACCGGAUGUGCUGUUCAUCCUGCUCCCGGGAGUUUGACAGCAGGGAGGAGCAGACUGAGCAUUACCGCCUGGACUGGCACCGCUUCAACCUGAAGCAGCGUUUGCUGGGGCGCCGGGCACUCGCGGCAGAGGAGUUCGAGGAGAAGACCCGUGCAGGUGACGUCUCCAGCAUCUCUGGGUCCGAUUCUGAUUACUCCGAUUCCGGCAGCGAGUCCGAUCUGCUCUCUCCCCGAGGCCACGGCGACCCGGGGAGUGACCAGCAGAGCCAUCGCCCAGGCACCCGCUCGGCUAAGGUCCUGUUCCACAACUCCCAGGGCCAGCUGCUCUCUGCCUACCGCUGUGUGCUGGGUAGUAAGAAGGGCGGUGGUGAGCAGCAGGCAGAGCUGGUGGCAUCUCUGCAGAGCCUGGGCGCAGGCACUUGUUGGGUUAUCCUGAUGAUAGGCGGUGGACACUUUGCAGGAGCCGUUUUCAGGGGGCCUGAGGUGCUGGAUCACAAGACCUUCCACCGGUACACGGUGCGUGCCCGCCGGGGCACGGCGCAGGGACUGCGCGAUGCCCAGGGCCAGGCCUCCAUGCCCAAAUCGGCCGGCGCCUUGCUGCGGCGGUACAACGAGGCGGCUCUGCUCAAGGACAUCCAGGACCUACUGGCCGGCUGGGCGCAGCAUCUGCAGGGAGCCCAGCGCAUCUUCCUGCGUGCCCCCCGUGCCAACCGGGCACUGCUCUUCAGCAGCAAGAACGCCCCUCUGCACAAAGACGACCCCCGCGUCUGCAACAUCCCCUUCAGCACCCGCAGAGCCACCUUCAGGGAGGUGCUGCGGGUGCACGCGGCCCUGGCCACCCUGCAGGUGUAUGGGAAGGACACAGCGGUGGCGGAUCUCGCUGGCUCCCCCCGGAAGGGCUGGAGGAAAGUGCCGUGUGCGCGGGUGGAAGAGCCCCAGCAGAGUGACGCCAGCACCCCGUCGGAGGAGGAGGAGGAGGAGAGCCAGGCUGGGGAGCUGGAGACGGUGGAGGUGACGCUGAGCACGCUGCAGCUCCGGGAGUUUGAGGUGACACCUAAGCGAAGCCGCAAGAGGAGGAGGAAGAAAGACAAAGUGGGGAGAGGAGCAGGGGCCCGCGCCGAGGGGCCAGGAGGCCAGGAAGAGCCCGAGGGCUCAGCACCCCAGCCGGGAGCAGAGACGGUGGCAGACCCUCAGGAAGGGCCUGGGGCAGAGCCUGCUCCCUGGGGGAAAGGAGAAACACUCCUGGGCCAGCUCCGCGACGCCCUGUUCACGGCCUGCAAGACGGGGGACGUGGGGACGCUGCGGCGCCUCCUGGGUGUGGCAGAGAGCGGGGCACCCCCAGCAGGCAGCGAGGAUGGUGCCAUGGGGCAGCCCCAAGGCCACCCUGGCAGGGUGCAGAGUGAGGGGUCGGAGCCCAAUCGCGCAGCCCCCUGGGCAACCCCUGGGCUCCUCUCGCUGCUCAGCGAGCCCAUCGACGGCACCGGCUUCACCCUGCUGCACGUGGCGGCUGCGGCAGGGAAGGGGGCGGCUGUGCGACUGCUGCUGGAGGCUGGUGCCGACCCUGCGCUCAGGGACUGGCAGGAGCGGCCCCCGUACUGUGUCUCUGCCGACAAGUCGACACGCAACGUCUUCCGCAAGUUCAUGGUGGAUCACCCAGCCAAGUACGACUACGGGCAGGCCAAGGUGCCCGGGCCCCUGACGGCGGAGAUGGAGGCCAGGCGGCUGGAGAAGCAGCGGGCGCAGAGAGCGCAGCGGAAGCAGCGGGCGCAGGAGCUGAGGGAGCAGCAGCAGCGGCUGGCGCAGGAGCAGGAGGAGAAGCGGCGCUUUGCGGCCCUGCCAGACCGAGAGAAGGCGCUGCUGGCAGUGCGGGGAGUCCCUGCUGGGCCGGAUCCCCUUCCACUACCUCGACUUCUCCUUCUGCUCCACGGGCUGCCUGCAGACCCACCGCCGGGGCCGCGCCGGCCCCACCUAGCACCCGCGCCGGGCCGGCCAAGGCAGGGGGCUGCCACGUGUGGAAACGGACAGUCGCCUGCUGGGGGGGGAGAGGGGGAGGCGCUGGGCACGCCCGGGGGGCUGAGCCCGAGUCCCAGCCUCCUUCCCAGCCCAGGGGGCAGGCCCCUGCCCAGGCCCCCGCCUCGAGGGGAAGGGGCUCAUGGCACAGGAUGGGUUGGGUGGGGGGACGAGCACCCCCCCUUGGGCGGGAGCAUCAGUAACACAAGGGGCAGGGCCCUGGGUUGGGGCAGGGGGAGCAGGCUGCAGCUGGGGGCAGCGUGGCUGGUGGAUCGCUGGAGGAGGGACCAGGCCGCCUUGCCCUGUGCUGUGCGAACCGCCUGAGGGCUCCAGCUCCUGGGGCCAGGCAGCUGGGUGGCCCACAAGCCGGGGAGGGGGUGGUUAAUGAUGGGCAGCUUGGCUCAGAACAGCGCCCCCAUGGGCAGCAGCUCAUUGCUUUGGGUAGGAGCUCGCUGCAGCACCCUGGGCCCUGCCUGCCACCCGUGAGUCCUCCCCUUUCCCAGGGGUGCACUGGCCCCCCGCCCGCUCCAGGCCCGGGGGAGCUGAAGUGACUGAGUCGGGCCACUGCCCCCGCAGCUCAGUCCAGCCUCCAGCUGCCCUUGCUGCUGGACCUGGCGAAGGGGGGGGAGUAAUAUAGCCCCCGUGCCCAAGGCCCUGGUCACCCCCUGCAUGCUGGCAGCCAUGCUGCAGACGGGUGCCCGGUACCUUGACCCCAGGACUCUGAGCAAGCCCCCCACUGGCCCUUGAGUGCCCCCAGGCUCUGGCUCAGGGCAGCUCAGCCGGCGCCCCCCAUGGUCAGUCCGAGCUGUUCACGGCCCAUGAGGUUUGCUGUGAACCACGCUGGGGCGGGCGCAACGCCAGGGUGACAGAACACACCGGACAGGGCAGGGAAGGCACAAGAUUUUGCUUUAACGGGUAAUAAAAUGUAACCCCCAGUGCCCAGCCUGGGGGGCGGGAGCCAGCAGGCAGGAAACCGGCUCCCCUGGCAUUGCUGCCUCUGCCCCCCACCCCGGCAAGCGGCCACAACGCCCCCCAAACCUGGCAAUAAAGGGCAAGCUGCAGGCAGUGAA